AUGUCCCGGCCAGGUACCACCCUUUAUGUCACUGGCUUCGGGCAUGGGACUCGAGCUCGCGACCUUGCCUACGAAUUCGAACGGUACGGACGACUCGUUCGAUGUGACAUUCCUGCGCCUCGUACCCCUUCGAGCCGGCUUUUUGCUUUUGUGGAAUACGAAAGUCGUCGGGACGCGGAUGAUGCAUAUCACGAAAUGCAUAACAAGCGCAUCGGUCGUGACGACUUGCUGAAGAUUGAAUGGGCUAGGACGCCGCCAUCUGCAUCUUGGCGAUUCGAUUCAGGCCGUGACCGCCGACGUGACCGCACCCCUCCCCGCCGUGGCCGCUCGCCAUCUCCGCGUCGCGGUCGUAGCGACUACUCCCCCCGUAGGGAUGACAGAUAUGAGCGGGACUACGACCGUCAUGACCGCGAUUAUGAGCGUCGUGAUCGUGACUACGACCGUCGCGAUCGUGAUUAUGACCGUCGUGACCGUGAACGCUCCCGUGACCGCUCUCGUAGCCCUGAUGAGAGGGAGCGUGACAUCAAGGAUGACAGAGAGAGACGUGAUGAGGAAAGAGAACGCCGUGACGAGGAGCGAGAAAAUGGACCCAACGGCGAAGACAGGAAAGUUUCAUUAGACCCCCUGCCUUCUGCUCAUGAUGAGCUUGAUACUGCUGAGUAG